GCAUGAACUGCCUGGGGUCACAACUGCUGCAGAAGACCGCAGCGAGAAUGUUGCGAAUCAGGACACAUUGCGACGGCGGCAAAGUUGUCGUGGAGCAGCUGAGCAAGGUUACCUUGGUGGGCAGUCCCCAUGUUUGGGGUCACAAUUGCGUUGCAAAGGCCCCACUUUGGGAGUUUCAACACGGUCUGGUGAGGAUUCGCCUUCGAGAAAAAAUUCAAACUCGCCAGUUAAUGCUGUCUCCAGGUGGCGUACCCACAGGAACGCUAUGCUGGCUGUCAAAGAUGAGGAACUGGAACAUGCCAUCCAACUCGGAGCAUACUAUGUUGAAGACGCUGCAGAGGGGCGAUUGGACAAUGGCCUGGCUUCAAACUUUAAGUCUGGAAACAAACUGAAACUGAACUGCUGCCUGGUGCAGACUCACAUUGUUUGGCAUGUCAUGCUGAUGACUGCCUGCGUUUUGCAUUCUUUGCUAAUCGUCUUUGAGCCCCCACCAUCGCAGCGAGUAGCAAGCACUCGAGGUUGGAUCAAUGCUGCAGAGAUUUGUCUCAUGUUUCUCUAUGUGGCAGACAUCCUUCUGAAGGUGGCAUAUAUGGGAGCUGGUACCUUCCUUUCACUGAAAGGCUCCAAAGUCUGGCAGACCACAUAUGCGGCCUUAACGACACUUCUUCUGAUUGAUGCUGCCAUUGCACCAACCACUCGAUUUUCACGGCCUCUACGGCCAAUUAUCCUGGUUCUUAGAUCUCGGAGCAUUCGAAACUUUUACACGACCGUCCUCAGAAUUUGUCCAAGUCUGCUGAAAGUGUUGGGAUUGUUGCUUUUUAUUCUCAUGGCCUCGUCAUUUGGAUUGGCUCGUCUACUUCGUGGAAGCGGAAGUCAAUACUUCAAUAGCUCAGUGGCCACUUUUAAAGAGAUGGCAGUGCUCUUGCUGACACAGGACAACUACAAAGAACUUCUCAAUGAUCUCAUGAGUCACGGCGGACUUGUUUCUCUGCUGGUGUUUUUCACCUUCGUUGUCGUCGGUAUACUUUUUUUGCUGCAGCUGAUUUUGGGCACCGUUAUUGAUACGUACAUGGAGGAAGCCCAAGAGGAGCUCAGGAGCAAGCGAGUCAAACAAUCCAAAGGUUUGAUGCGGGCCUUUUCGGUGCUGGACUUUCGAAACGAAGGAAAACUUCGGCAGAAGGCGUUUGAACGGUUGUUACAGAAGCUUCGGCCUUCGGAUUCGCCCUUUGAGCGACAUCUGAAGUUCAGUCUUCUGUCCAACAAGUACAAGUCCAUGGUGCCGCUUUCUGCUAGCUCCGGUCCAUCCUCGCCAGCGCGAAACCGUUUGGAGGACUUGUCGCCCUUGGCUCCAGCUUCUCCUCCAAAGCGACCAGUUUUGCCGCAGCUGCCGGAGUCUCCUCUUCCUUUUCAGCCUUGGAGCAAUGAGCCCACGGUCGAUCCUAUUGAUUUCCUGUCACUUCACACAGCUGCUUGUUGUCAUUUGGUCGUUUGUCAUGUUUUGUCGUGUCUAUUUGUGCUGAUUGAAGCAGAUGGCAUUUCGUUCCCAAGCAUCGAGCUGACCGUAUGCUUUCAUAUCACAAAAGGUAGCCUAGGCUACCUGAGUUCAAUGUACUUUAGUAUCUUUAGUACUGGUGGCUGGGUCUCCCCCCUCCCCCAUUCGAUUCCUCCGUGGUCCGUGAAAUUUUCUCUCAUCCCAUUCGCUCAUUCCAGCAGUGUUACGAGCUCUUCUCCCAAUAAUUGGCUCCAACCAUUAUUCAUCACCAGUUUCGUUUAUUUCUCAUGUUUUCUUUGCAUCGCUGUUACCGUAGCACUCCUUCACACUUUCCCCUCUUCCUUUUCCUUAUUUUCUGUCAUAUUAUUUGUUCGGCAAGCCUCUUCUUCAGUUCCGUUUUUGAUUCAAUUUCUUUCAAUGUACCUUUGA